AGUGCCUAUUACACAAGCAGUAGGGCCCGUUAUCUGAUCCCAGAUACUCCUCUCUGAUCCUUCGUGCCGUAGAGUUCGGGAUUCGUCGCUAAAAGGUUGGCACCGCCGAUUGACCCCCCACUUCAGGAGAUGAUAAUCUUUUGACAUUGAGACACGGCACUCGCCAUUUGGAAUUGACUCGUUUAGACUUUUAUCAAAGUGACACAUGUACAUACAACAAACCCUUAGUAUCUUCACCCCUCCGAUAUUUGAUAACCAUCAAGAGUUUACUUCGAGUCUUGCUUUUUUAAAACCGGAAAACGGACGGCUGUGCUAAUUUGAAAACAACACUUAGACGAGAGGGAUUGACUGUUUGUCGAGAUCCAUUCAUUAUUGCAAGUUAGAAAUAUAUACAAGGAAAUUCUGUAAAUUGUUUCCAAGAUAAACUGUUUAUAUCACACGCUGUGUCUGUUGUGGUACAAACUCUUUACACUGUAAACAAAUUAACCCCGAAAGGAUUAGGACUUUAAUCAACACUUACUAAUCCAUUACCGUUUCUACUUGUAAAUUAUACGCUCACUUUAUUAAAUACCAGCCUGUCUGCAGAUUAACUUUCAUCCCGCGGUCUUCAAAUGGUUUAUAUUUAUUUGAGUUUUUGACCAGAAGGGAAAUGCAGAGCAGUUUCGAUCCCGCUAAGUCUGGAAAGAGAAAAAAAAAUGUUCCGUAUCAUGACGUUUUUGAAACUUUUUCACUCUUCUGGAUUUUUGAUUAUUUUCCAUCUUAUCUCUCGCAUUGUAUAAAAGCCUUUUAGUGAAGCAUGGAACCAAUCCGGUCCGAGAUAAACUAGAGGGGGCGUGGUGAACGUCACAUGCAGAAAAUAAAUAUCCAAUACACAAUGUGCUCUUAAAAUAUUGUGGGACAUUAUGUUAUGAUUUCAGCAGACUUUUUGUGAAACUACCACCAAGGUCAGACAAUUUUCGGGAAAAUAUAAAAUUCCAAAGAUGCAAGGACACCAUAACACACCUUUUACGAUUGAGAAUAUUCUAAACGGACGAGUGUUUAAAAAGAGCGAAAACGGGAAAAUUAAAAGUGAGGAAACUUAUCCGGAUGACGAGGUGAGACCAGGGACUGGACCGGGGGGUCCUGAGACUGAUGAGGUGGACGUGGAGGGGUCAGACUCUGAAUCGGAAGUGUCCUGUACCCCGGGGUCACUCACAUUGUCAGACAUAGAUACUGACCGGGUACCCAGAGAAACAGAAUCUGGUCAUGAUGAACAACUGAUGAAUUGUGAUAAAAAAGAACAAGACAGUUCACUCGUGAAACAAGUUAUACCAUGCAAGCCCCGGAAGAAACGGUCCAGAGCAGCUUUCUCACAUGCGCAAGUUUUCGAGUUGGAGCGCCGCUUCCGGCACCAGCGCUAUUUGUCCGGACCAGAAAGGGCCGAUCUGGCCAAUGCCCUGAAACUGACAGAAACACAGAUAAAAAUCUGGUUCCAAAACAGACGUUACAAAACAAAGCGGAGACAAAUUCAAGAACAGUCGUGUUUAAACGCUGCCAAAAAGGCGGAUGUGACUUUACUAAUAAAGGACGGGAAACGGGUCCAUGCUUCUCCGGAUGCUCAGCAGAGAUCUUUGAUGUUUCCGUCACUUCCGCUGGGAGGUCCGCUAGAUUAUCGUUAUUUUUACUUUGUGCAAUAAUUUUACUCAAGUUAACUUUUCGUUGGAUGCUUAUUCUGUGAAUGUAGACUAUAUUCACGUACGGAUGUCCGAACUGUGAGAAGUGACAUUUGCAUUCUUGGCAAUUAGCUUUCAAAAAAAUUCAAUGUGUAUUGGAAUUUUUGUUCAACGUUGGUAGCUUCUCAUUUCUCACAAUAAAGUACUGUCUGGGUCUUUGAAUGCGGUUCCGGAAAUGAAACACGUAUUUCAUUGAGGCUCAGAAAAGACUUCUUAAUUCCGUAAUAAGUUAAGUGAAGUCUCGGAAAUUAAAUUAGAGCCACACGAAAUGUCCGUACAUUGUUAUACUUUGUUACCUUUAUGAUUCUCGAUAAAAAUGAAAACCCUGAAUUAAUUUACGAGAACAUUUGGAGAAUGCAUAAGAAAAAAAUACACAGGAUUUGCAAACCUGUUAAGAAAUCAGAAGAAGAAAAAAGCCGAUAUGGAUUUAAUCAAGAGUCCAUGGCGAUUUUAUUCAUUCUAUACUUGCCAUGCCUAUAUAUAUAUAUAUAUAU